AUGGUACCACCGGCGACACAUCACUUGCCGAGUCACCAGACACCACCUGUUGGACAGCCCUACUUCCACCAGGGCACUGUCGGCGGUGGCGGCGGCAAUGCAGGUGUUUCGCCGCCCAGUCAGGCCGGCCAGUCGGGUGGCUUCAUGAUGAAUUGCUAUCAGAAUGCCAAUGGAUGGACGGGUGUGCCCUUGAUUAGCACGGCAAGUCGACGUCCGAGAAAGCAGCAACAGCAGCAGCAUCACUCGAUGCCGCCGGCCAGCAAGCCACCGCCGCCCGCCACGGCGCCGCAGGACUUUGACGAGAAUGCCAUGUCACGACUGGCCAUUCACGCUCACGGAGCGCCACUCAUUCUCACGGGUCGUGGCUAUCAUCGGAAGCCACCGCUGGUGCGACAUCCGCAGCCCAUGCAGAAGAUCCCAUCGUGCUUCCCAGCGGCGGCGGCGGCCGUCCAGAGGGUCGCGGAUGAGUUUGGUGUGUACGAAAAUGGUCAUCGACAGCUGAGUCAGGCGCAGGCGAGUCAUCCGCCACUGCCCGAUGCCUUUUCAAUGGCCAUGAACAGUGAUGAAAGUAGUUCAACAUCGUCCUCAAAUAGUCACACACCUGACACGUGUUUGCCGCGGAUAAUAAAGCCGCGCAAGAGGCGCAAGAAGGAGCGGAAGCCAAAUGCAUGUCAGAAUCCAAAUGUCACCACGAUGCUCGGAUCGAUGCCAGUUAAAAAUAAUUGCACCAAUGCCAGUAAUGGUGUAUCAUUGAUGAAAUCUCUGCCGCUGGUCACGACGUCAACACAGACCACCAUUCAGGAGUUCAGUCCGGCCAGUGUGACGGCGGGUAUGAUGUGUAUGGCGGCGGAUGAGCCACAAUUUGCCGAACUCAGUGGUGAUCUGGCUGAUCCUGGAAUUGGACUGAUGAUGAAUGGUGUUGAUGAGUCAACGGAGGAGAUGAGUUCGUGCAGCUGUCGCCUGUGUGAUCCAUUCUGUCGGAUCUGGGCAUUCCCGCUCAGGAGAUCGUGCUCAGACAAUUCAGGUGAAGUGGAGGCCACGAGGCGGAAUGUUGGUGUGAUUGGGAGUCACAUAAAGUCCUCAUCGGCGCGCAAUGAGUGGCGAAGUACGCCCCAAUUGUGCCAACAGCAGCAACAGCAGCAGCAGCAAGUGUAUGGCACAAAUAUCGAUGGAUCUCGUAAGGGUAGUUUAAGUGAUUCUGGAGAUUCGGGAUGUGACCUUCUCAGUGGUCUGAAUUUCGCCACCGAUGACCUCAUCAAUAUUGCUGACAGUGGCAAGGAUUUGCCGCCACCAAACUGUGAUUUUCUCCUCACGGACGAUUGCUGGGAGAUUCUCUCGCGCAGAGUGAUGGAAUCUCUGGACUUACGCAGUGAUGACACGCCGACACUCGAUGGCGGAGCACCGAGUGGUGCGAAGGGCAGUGAUUGUGUGUCAUCGGACAGUGGCAGUGUUUUCAGUGAUGACGGACAGGCGCCUCAUCUUGGGGUGCAAAUUGCCAAUCUUCUGCUCGACAGUCAACCGGCACAAGUACCAAUUUUCAAUGCAUGCUUCGCAGCACAGCAUCUUGGCGGUGGUCAAGUGAAGACACCCAAUAUGUUUGGUGAUAAAGCGCCACUGUACAUUCAGGAGAAGGAUCGGGGAAAUGAAAUUCUCAGCUGCAUCGAUAUGGUGUGGAAUGGAGCACCGCAACUGAUGCCAGUUGAAGAGUAAAUUGAUGAAAAUGUCCUAUUUAGUUUGUUCGAUAAAAAUGAUUAAGGGUAUAAAUUGUGUACAGAAGUUUUUCAUUUUUAACUGAUAUUUGAGUAAUUUUUUGUAUUAAUCUUUCUGUAAUUGCUAUAAAUGUAAAAUGUAAAUUAUAUAGAUUUUUCCACACAAAACUUUUAUGGCUAUGAAUUAAUGCACUUAGCCGAGAUUGUAUACAGCAUAAAUUGAGAUUGAGAGACAUGUAAGAUGAACGGCAAGUCGUUUGUAAAGAGUAUACAUAUAUAGAUAUAUGAAUUUUCUGUUAAGCUGAAUAACCAGAAAGUAAGUGAUGUAUAGAGAGGAAUGUGUGAAAAAACAUAUCUGAUAGCAUUAUUAGAGUGAAUUAGUAAGUUAGCAAGUUUUUCUAUAAUUUCUUUCCAUUGCAAAUGUGUGUGCUUUUUUUCAUAUACAUAAAUAUUUAAUUCAUGCUGAAACCACGCGCUAUACUGCAAAAAAAGAAACAGACGCACACACACGAGAUGCAGGAGAGAAAAAAAUCACUUACGCAUCUCUAAAAUGUUUGCCUAUAUCUUGACGCUUGUGCGCUAUAUUUGCAAUGUUUAUCUGUUUUAUUUUGUGUUCUUCAUCGCUCAACCAUAAUUUGUAAACGUGUGUAGAGAGACAGUAUAAUUUUGUAUGCAUAUGAAAUGCACACACAGAGAAGAAGAAGAAGAAGAAGAAAAGGAGGAAAUGAAGAGAAAAAAGGAGGAAAUCUAUUUUAGAUUGAAAGUCAAUUUAAUGAAAUCAUGACGCGCAGCGACACAAACAGCCAUAUCCGCCAAAGUUAGCUUUCUCUUUUGGUUUUGUACCUCAACCGAACCGCACAAAACGUCGUCGGUCGUCGCGCAGUGUGGUAUUAUUAUGUUGUGUAAAUGUGUAUAAAAACGGCUGAAAGACACUUUUCAUACACUUUACACACAUAGUGAAAGUAAACCGACACGAAUUAGACUUUUUAUGCGACUUGCGCUGCAAGAUGAGAGGUGUUUCUCUUGCAAUUUGCUUGUGGCUUUCUCACUAAUGAUCUCUCUCUCUCUCUCGCUCUUUUGCUCUUGCUCGUUUGGGUGAGAGAUUUGGCGAUCAUACAUGAUUUUCCCAUGGUAAAUGACGUGUUUUUCAUCCCAAUAAAACUUGAAAAUGCAAUAUUGAGAAGUGCAUUGAAUGUAAUUUUCUGAUUGACUUGCAGUCAUUUUUUGUGUGUAUUUUUCGAAGUCAAUGACAAUGCAUUGUUGACUCGAAGAGAAUAUAUGUGACAUUAAAUGGAGGGAAAUUUGCAUAUUUCAGUUGAGAGGAAUAACAAGUGGGAAGUCAAUAAACUCAGCAUGAAUUGUUAUGUGAUUUACCUACAUAAUAAUAUUUAAAUGGAAGCCACUUUUCUGGAGUUUUGCUCUCGAGGGCGGUGCGCGCGGACAGUGAAGAGAUCGAGAGAGAGAGAGAGAGUAUCCAAAGUAAAAUAUCGUGAAAGAAGUGAAAGAGAGUGUGAAUAAAAAGGAAAAUUCAUUGCAUGACACACAGAGGUUGUUUAAAGACAUGAAGAAGAAAAAAACACACAGACAAUUUUGUAUCUUUUU